AUGGCUCCCGGCAAGUACGACGCCACUACCCCGCCCAAGGCUUCGACGCUCGACCCCAAGGUCAUCGGCCCGCUUCUCGUCGACCUCCGUGGCGAGAUCGACCAGCUCAAGAAGGUAUACGAUGUUCAGGCUGUCAUGGACUUUCAGCGUGCGGCCAACUACCUUUCCGCGGCCCAGAUCUUCCUCCGUUCGAACGGCCUCAUGAAGCGCCCCCUCGAGCAGAAGGACGUCAAGCGCCGCCUUCUCGGCCACUGGGGUACCUGCCCCGGUCUCAACUUUGCGUACGCCCACGCUACGCAGCUCAUCUCGGAGCUUGAGGAGAAGGGCGAGGAGCCCGACUGGCUCUUCAUCACCGGCCCCGGCCACGGCGCCCCCGCCGUCCUCUCGACCCUUUACCUCGAGGGCUCGUUCACCAAGUUCUACCCCGACUACGACUUUACCGAGGAGGGCUUUGAGAAGUUUGUUCGCGCUUUCUCGUUCCCGGGCGGCUUCCCCUCGCACGUGAACGCCGAGACCCCCGGCGCCAUUCACGAGGGUGGUGAGCUCGGCUACGCCCUCGCCGUCGCCUACGGCGCGGUCAUGGACCGUCCCGACGCCGUGAGCGUCGUCGUGGUUGGUGAUGGUGAGGCCGAAACCGGUCCCACUGCUGCCGCUUGGCACUCGCACAAGUACCUCGACCCAGCGACCAACGGUGCCGUCAUCCCCAUCCUCCACAUCAACGGCUACAAGAUCGGCGAGCGCACCAUCUCCGGCUGCAUGGACGACCUUGAGCUCGCCGCGCUCUUCGUCGGCUACGGCUACAAGCCCCGUGUCGUCGAGUACGGCAAGGUCGGCGACGCCCAGCCCGACGGCAAGACCAACCACGAGAACGACGUCGCUGUCAACUACGACAUGGCGGCCAGCAUGCGCUGGGCUCUCUCCGAGAUCCGUCAGAUCCAGGAAGCUGCUCGCAGCGGCAACCCCAUCACCAAGCCCCGCUGGCCCGUGAUUCUCAUGCGCACGCCCAAGGGCUGGACCGGCCCUCGCGAGGUCGGCGGCCACACCGUCGAGGGCUCGUGGCGCUCUCACCAGGUCCCCGUUAACGCCUGCGCCACCGACCACGGCCAGUUCAACCAGCUCGUCGAGUGGCUCAAGUCGUACAAGCCCGAGGAGCUGUUCCACGCCGGCGGCUCUGGUGAGCUCAUCGACCCCCGCGCGACCAAGAUUGUCCCCAAGAAGGAGAAGCUCCGCAUGGGCCAGAACACGGCGACUUAUGAUGCCUUUGAGCCCCUCAAGGUCUCGGACUGGCGCGAGUUCCUACACUCAAAGGACUCGGAGGUCAGCAACAUGAAGGCCAUCGGCGCCUACGUCAAGAAGAUUGUCGAGCUCAACCCCAAGUCGUUCCGCAUUUUCUCGCCCGACGAGAUCACGUCCAACAAGCUCGACGCCUGCCUCGAGAUCACCCACCGCGACUUCCAGUGGGACCCCGAGACCGCCCACGACGGCGGACGCGUCACUGAGAUGCUCUCUGAGCACACGCUCCAGGGCUUCCUCCAGGGUUACACGCUUACCGGUCGUCACGGCAUGUUCCCCUCGUACGAGGCGUUCCUUGGCAUCGUCGCUACCAUGAUCGACCAGUACGCCAAGUACAUCAAGAUGGCCGAGGAGACGCCCUGGCGUCGCCCGGUUGCUGGGCUCCUCUACAUCAUGACCUCGACGCUCUGGCGCCAGGAGCACAACGGCUACUCGCACCAGAACCCCGGUCUUAUCGGCAGCUUCAUCUCGCUCCCGCGCAACCUGGCCCGCAUCUACUUCCCCGCCGACGCCAACACGUCGGUCAGCACUGCCGACCACUGCCUGCGCUCCAAGAACUUCAUCAACCUCAUUGUCGGCUCCAAGAACCCCACUCGUGUUCUCCUCACGGCCAAGGAAGCUGAGGAGCACUGUGUCGCCGGUGCGUCGGUUUGGAAGGCCUACUCGACCGACGGCGGUGUUGACCCCGACGUCGUCCUCGUCGGCUGCGGCGUCGAGGUCACUCACGAGGUCAUUGCCGCCUCGGCCAUCCUCCGCAACCACGGCCUCCGCGUCCGUGUCGUCAACGUCAACGACCUUCUCGUCCUCGGCCCCGACGAGGGUCCCCGUGCCCACCCGCACGCCCUCUCCGACGCCGCCUUCUACGCCCUCUUCACCAUUGACAAGCCUGUUGUCGUCAACUUCCACGGCUACCCCAAGGACAUUGAGAGCCUCCUCUUUGGCCGUGCCCGCAAGGACCGCUGGCGCGUCCAGGGUUACAUCGAGGAGGGCACGACGACUUCGCCCUGGUCCAUGCUCCGCGUUAACCACUGCAGCCGCUUCCACCUCGCCGACAUUGCUGUUGAGAUGGUAUGCAAGCUUGCCCCUCAGCACGCCAUCAGCGCCGACGCCAACAGAAUCCAGAUGAACUGGCGCCACGAGCUCCGCAACCACCAGAAGUACGUCGAGGAGACGGGCGAGGACCCGGCUUGGUGCACCGAGAUCCCCGAGGUCAAGGGCAAGUAG